AUGUUUCUCGCCGUUCUUCUUCAAUGCUUAGCUGCGGGUGUGGCUACAUCUUUAACGCUGAAUGGCACCAUCUCUAUCCCCGUGAACUAUACUCACCUGAUCACCCCGAACUAUACGAGCAACGCGACGACUUAUUUCAUCAACACAAAUACCAACAAUAACAACCUGGCGAACAUACUGCAAGAAGCUCAGAAUGCAACCUUUAUCUCAUACAGCUCCGAAUUCACGGAUAUGCUUGGACCUAAUCCUCAGGCCGUGCUCGGUGCUACAUAUGACUGGCGAGGCGACCAGGUCUGGUUCACAAGUAGCAUUCUCGAUGACAAGCCAACAACCAUUUACCGACUGAAUCUGACCGACAAUACGGUUCACCAAGUGAAGACGAACCUUGUCAACCCCAACGGCUUAUACUACUUUGACAACUAUAUCUACGUGGUCUACUUUGGCAAUGUCUCUGUCCAGCCAGGGGUUGCACGGGUCAAUGCUAUUACAUACGAGGCUGAAAUUAUCGCCAACUCGUGGUUUGGUCUUCCCUUUGACGGGCCCGAUGAUAUUACAGUUGUGCCCAGCAACCAUGACGGGAAUGGUCUUGACGCAGUUCAAAUCUACUUCACCGACAACCUUUAUGAUGGGCUUGUUGAUCGACCAGACUCGGAUUACCAAUUGCCAGCUGCUGUAUGGCGAUAUACACCAUCUACUGGAGCAUUGGUCGCUGUUAUACCCCGAUCUGACAUUGCUGGAAGCAACGGUGUCCAGGUAAAUGCAAAUGGGACCAAACUUUACGUUGGUGAGUAUGAUUCUCUGCCCGCUGGUCAAUUAGAUAUUGGAAAUGAUAACCUACCUGGCUCGAUGGCACUCUUUGAAUAUGAUCUCGACAGCCGGGGCUUCCCAAUUAACAAACGCAUGUUUGGCCUGGCGAGAACAUACGCAGAUGGCCUCAAGGUUGACGAUUAUGGGCCUGUGUGGACUGGAGAAGGGGAGGGAAUCGUCGUGAGAAACAAUCAGGGAGAGGUGAUUGGACUCUUUAACCAUCAUACAUUGAUGAGUCAAAAGAUGCAAAGUACCAGCAUUGCCCAGGUAGCCCUGGCAGGCAAUUCAGCGAUCAUUCUCGCAUCAACCAGGCUAUGGAGGAUUGACCUAGCCCAAACUAUUGCGAGCCCUGGUGCGUUCGGAAACUGA